AUGGAAGACGGAGAAGCUUCAAAUACAGGCAUGGAAGAUGGAGAAGCUUCAAUUAACCUUUCGGAAAAACUACCAAAAAGGGUCCUCGGCGAUGGUUGCUACCCCGUUGGUGCUCGGUUGAACAUAUAUUCAAAGGCCAAUGUCAUUGGCCUCCUUGUCGAGGCGUUAAAGGGUACUGAAGAUCUUGAGAAGCUACUUCAUUCCCAGUUUGGGAAGUUAUUUCAUCUACUUGUUGCAACAUCUUGCAACAGCGCCAAACUAGUCCAUGCCCUUCUAUCACGACAACUUGUGACCACGAAGAAACACGAGAUUUGGUUCCUCUUUGGUGGACAGCCUCUGAGAUAUUCGAUACGGGAGUUUAAGGAAAUCACUGGAUUGAAUUGCAAUCCUGAACCUGAUAACACAGAAGAAGAAGAUGUCGGAAAGACAAGAAUCUGGAAAGACCUGUUCGGAAUAACGACCGCUAUGAACGUGUUUGAUGUGCUUGAAAUGCUAAAGGACCCGGAUCUACCCCAAUGGAAACGGCUUCCAUUGGCCUUAAUCGUUCUUGUCGACGGUGUUCUGUUUUGCAAUAGCAAAAAUCUGGCCCUCACCGAGAAAUACGUUGAGAUGCUGAGUGACUUGGAUAGGUUCAUGCUGUAUCCAUGGGGGAGGGUAUCCUUUAACAAAACAGUAUCUCGUUUUCAAGCUCCGAAGACAAUCACGGAUGCCGAGAAAAGGGAGAAUCUUUUAACACGAUUGCGUCGUCAACUUAAACAGAAAAUCAGUGCAUGCUAUGGAUUCCCUCUAUCACUACAACUCAUGGCCCUCCAAUCUAUACCAAUGUUGGUUUCCAAGAUUCCUCAACCUGAUAACUUGAAGACUUUCGUUGAAGAUCCCGAAGGUUGUCAAAACGUUAUCACACUAUUGCAUCUUGGGGACAUACUUGCCGUGGAAUCCGACCCUCUGUUGUCUGUGAAACAGAUGGUAGUGGAUGAUGCUGACAAUGACGAACAUAAUGAAUUGCGUUGGGGAGAUUUCAUGCAGGAACUCAUGGCCGAGGGGUACAAAUUCACACCUUCGGAUUUUGCAGUGGCACCAGCACCUAUCGUAGAUCUUAGUGAUGCAGAGGACGAGAGGAAAAGAGGCAGGGGCAAGAACUCUUCUAAUCUAUCGGAAGAUGAAACCCCUGAAAGUGGACAAAUUGAAGAUCUUAAAAGAUGGAUACUAAGUCAGAAUGAAUUGCUCCUUCGUAAGAUUAAGACAGAGUUGGACAAGAGAUUGGGUGUAUACCAACAGGUUGAAGAAGAUGACGAUGAUGAAGAUGAAGACAAAGCCGAAGAUGGAGGUGAAGAAGGAGGUGAUGAUGGUGCACAGUCUAGCGUACGCCAUGAUGAUGGUGUACACCCCCAAGAUGGUGUACACCAGAAAGAAAGAGAUGAUGAAGAAGGGACCUCUACUUACUACGGCGGGGACCAUUAUUCUCCCAGGGACCAUGCGUACUUGAAGACUCUAGAAGCUCCGACGAAGACCCCUGAACCUGAACAAGCCAAUUCAGGAACAACUCGUCCACCUCCUUACUUCGUCAAUCCGGAUGAAGAUCCACCUUCUGACCUCAACAAGGCUGUGGCUAAGGAGGAGGACUCAAAUGCGGGGAAAGAUUACCAUACUGCACCUAAGGAUGCAAGUGAUGCUUCGCAGAAGACCCCUUGUACUCCAAAACCCCCACAAGAAGUGGAGGGAUCGUCUGGUGUAAAGAGAAAAAGUAGAGGAACAGGAAGAGGAGGAAGAGGAAUCGAUGAUGAGCAUCCGAUUCCGCAUGUUCAUACACAAAAUGACAUGCUGAAUCUUUGA